GAAGCCAUUGACACUCACACAGACACACCUGCUGAUUCUCACAGUACCUGUACCACCACCGCCUGGAAGACAACACAUCAUGAUGAAGCUGGUAGCCCUGAUCUGUCUUGGCCUGAUACUGCCAGUUAUUAUGGCUGACACUGAGGUUGCAGAGCCCAGAAAGCCCAACUGCGAUGACUUCCAUGAGGUCUGCACACGGGAGUACAACCCUGUGUGUGGAGACAACGGCCACACGUACAGCACAGAGUGUAUGCUGUGCAUGGAAAACAAGUUUGAGAAGACAAGUGUCCGCAUCGCACACAAGGGAGAGUGUAAACCCCAAUGAGGGACAACGCUGUACGAGGAGCUCAACCUCACGUCAUCUUCUGUCUGCUACAGUCCUUUCACUUCUUAUCUUACUAUGUAGCCGCACUGUGCAUGCCUGAACGUAUGUGUUAUAUACAAUGAAGCAAAUAACUUCAAAGCUAUUUACUAAGUAACAUGCAUCAUUCAUUUCCCUCUGUAAUGUCUGACCUUGAUUUCCUUUACUGUCAGUGUAAGGCCUGUAGGCAAGAUAAUAACAAUAAAUGAGAAUUCUUUCUCUGUCAAAAUGCA